CAUUAAUAGUUGAUGCAUUUUUAAUAUUUUUUGCAAUUUAUCACAUGAUUGCAUUUGAUGAAUUAAAAACUGAAUAUAAAAAUCCAAUUGAGCAAUGUAGUAAUUUAAACAAUCUUGUUCUUCCAGAGUAUGCACUUCAUAUAUUUUUCAAUUUAUUAUUUUUAAUAAGUGGUGAAUGGGUAUCAUUGCUAAUUAAUGCACCACUUAUUGCAUAUCAUAUCAACAGAUAUUUAACAAGACCGAUAAUGAGUGGACCAGGUUUAUACGAUGCAACAAGUAUUUUGAAUGCUAAUGUUUUGUCAAGAUGUCAACAAGAAGGAUAUGUCAAAUUAGCAUUCUAUUUAUUGACAUUUUUCUACUAUUUGUAUGGAAUGAUCACAUCAUUGAUAGCUUGAGAUUGAGUACAAGUACUUGUCAAAAACAAUUGAGUCAUUCAACAAUGAAUAAUUGAUGUUGAAAUCAAAUAUAACAUUUUUUUUUUUUUUUUCGUUAAUAUUUAAAAUAAUUUCUACCAAUUGUAGAAAUGAAAAUUUAAGUAAAUUUAUUUUUUUUUAAAUUCAAUGUGUUCCUGAUAAAACAAAAGAACAAAUCGUAAUAUUUUUAUUUGAUAUUAAUGAAUAUACUUAAUGUAAAUGGAUUUUUCUAAAUUUUUUUUUUUCAUUGUUUUGUAAAAUUUAGAUAUAAUCAUAUUGAAUUACAAUAAUAUUAUAAAUAACCUUAAACAAUUGUUUCAUUUUUCAACUUGAUCUUUGAUCUUUGAGUAAAAAUGAUUUACUAUUUUUAAGAUGUAAUUUAAUAUUACAUUUAUAUUAAAAAAAUCAAAUAAAAAAAUAACGUUCUAGUCUUAAAAUAAACAACAAAUGUUGAGUGUUUAAAUUAAAUACAAAAAGUCAACAAAUGUACUUAUAAUUUUCUAAAAUUUUAUCAACAGUUAAAUCCAUUUUAUUAUUUAUAUUUUUUUUUUGUAUGUUCUUUUUUUUCAAUGUAGAAAAGGUAAUAUCCUCACUCCUCACAGCCCUAUGAGGAAAAUCAUAAUAAAAAAAAUUAAAAUCAAUUUUUCAAAUUUUUUAAUCUCCAAAAAUUAAAUACAACUAACUAAUUAUUGAAAAAUUUAAUUGACAAUUUAAAAUGUCAUUACAAAAAUAUUAAUUAUAAUUUAUUUAAAAAAAAGAAUUUAUAUUUUAAAUAAACAAUAUUGUUCUUUAUAAAAUUUAUAAAAAACUUCUUUAAAUUGCAAAUUUAUUAGUACUCUUUAUUUCAAAAAAAAAAAAAAAAACAAAAAUUAUAUUUUUAGAUUAAUGAUCUUAUAUCUUAUUUAUUUUUAAAUAAUAAUAAUAAUAAUUAUUGUUAUUAUUGAGAUUCUAUGAAUUUCAAUAAAAUACCAUAUUUAUUAAUAUUUUUUUAUAAUAAUUAUUAUUUAUCUAACUAAUUUUGCUUUAAGCCAGUCUUCAGUGAGUUCUUCUAAUUCUCUAACUUCAUAACAACGUGUUAAUUCAACUUCUUUUUGUAACACAAGUUUCAUACUUGCAUAUAAAACUUGUAACUCCAUUUGUAUUCCACGUGGUGUGUAAAAUAUAAAACACAUUGGAAAUGAUAUUCUGCCAUCAGAAUGUUCCAUUUUAUAACUGUAAACAAUGUAUCUUGGCUCGUGACUUGGUAUUGUUUCUUGAAGCUCCUCCAUUUCAAUAUUCUAUUAUCCAAAAAAUUAACAUAAAAAAUUAUAUCAUUAUUGAGCACUAUUAUUAUAAAUACAUCAAACAUUUAUAAACAUUUUUUUUCCUUAUCUUAUCAUUUCAAGCUUUAAUCUAAACGAAAAAAAAAAACAUAAUCACCUCGAUAAGUUCAUCCAAACAAACAGUCUGCUUUUGUCUAUUAACUUUUACUAAAAAAAAAAACCAAAAUCCAUUAUUAUUUAUACAAAAAGUUUGUUAUUAUUUUAAUAUAAAAUUUAUGUUUAUAAUAUAUUUAUUAUUAUUUAAUUUUCUUACAUAUCAAUGCAGCAUUUUUUUGACUUUUUCGAAAUCUAAAGUCUCGAAUAGCUUUUCUUACUUCAUCCUCAAUAUCACAUGUACUGUUUGAUGUCUAAAAAAUUAAUUUAUUAAUUAUUAAUUGGAGCAAAAUAUUUAAAAAUAUGUAAUUAAUUUAAUUAUAAAAAUAUAUAAACUGGCUAGUUGUAAUUGUUUUAAAUGAACAUUUAUCAAACAAUUAAAAAAAUCAUUUAAAGAUAAAAAAUAUCACUACUAACAACAUCAACAACAAAAACAUCAACAAAAUAACAAUAAUAAUAAAAAUAUUGUUUACUUACCAUGUUGAUUGUUUGGAUUUGACAAGUGUUUAGUCAAUUGUAAAAUUUUAUUUCAACAAAUAACUGUUUAUUUUCCAGAGUAAAUUAAUGCGUUAGAAUGAAUAUAAAUUGUUUAAGUGAACGACUUGUUGUACAUACAUAGGAAAUUUUUUAUCAGCGAUUAUUAUGAUUCAUGAAUCAUCAUAUGUAUAAUUUACAGAAAAUUGUAUGAACACCAUGAACAUAGCUCCAAAUAAUAAAUAAAUAAAUAAAAAAAAAAAACAAAAAAAAAAAA